UUCUAACCUAAAAAAUAAAAUAAAAACAUUCCUUAAUAAUUAUGAGCUUAUCGUGUCAAAGAUGGAGUCCUCUGCAAUCCUUAUUCUAACGAAAAAUUUUACAUUUUAACAUGGCCGACAUACAGGGAAAAAAAAAUCAAAAAGUGACGUGCUUUCAAAUCUAGAUUAUGAACUGGUCCACAGCAGACCGGCACAUUAUUUAGAAACGCCACUACGCCAGGCCAUUCAAAACAAUAAAGGCUUCUCCUUGUUUCUAUGUCCCCUAACCCGGCUCUUCCUUUAUCGAUUUUAGCUCAGCCCAAUCGCCAUUAUAGAUACGACUCUUUCAAGUUUCACAUAGCAUUUUUCUGGAAGGAUUGCAAGUGGCGCUACGUUUGGCUGGCCACUGAAGCUUCAACUUUUGUUUAUUUUCUUAUCAAUUUUCAGUUUUCCUUGUUCAAAUUCGGCCAUAUUUUUUAAAAGUACAAGCGCUUUAAUCACAAUUUCCAAAUUCUGAUCACUCUCGCGUAAAAUGAAUGGCUAAAAAUAAUGUAGAGUUCACGACUAAAAGAUAGCGUGUGCGAUCGAAAGUUAGGCUUAGUGUUUUCCAGUCUAUAGUUGUCCAAUAACGUCAAUGCGCCCAACCGGUUUUAUUCUACAUACUUGUACUAAAUAACCUUUUUUUCACGAGAAAUAAGUCAUAAUAAACUGAGAUUUCAAUGCCAAGUUAACUAUAAUCAUGUAGGGCUUCUUAACUAAAAGAAUACAUAUAUUAGGUCGGAUAGCAGAUGUUUUCUUGGGCGAUUUCUAACUAUACCAUCUCCUUGAUUCAGGAUAGAUAGGGCCCGCUUGCAUAUAGAUUUCCCCAUCCUAUAUUUCUGUGUUAACGUUGCGUGUGUGUGUGUGUGUUAACGGUGGGGUAUAUAAAAUCUUGCCUCAAGGUUUCCCCAAAGGUCUACGGUCCAAUCAGAACACGGUUAACAUCCAACGUUUGGCGGUUGUUGUAAGAAGAAAGCCGAUUAGUCCUCCUCCGAGCGGCAGAAUUGAAAAUUCAAAAAAGAGGAUUCUCAUUGGCUGUCGUUCCAGCCCAGCCAUUGCCAUAUCCCCCUCAGACCGAGUCUUAUACGCGUUGUUCGUGGACUUGGUGGGUCUAUUUUGUGUGUAUCGAGAUCUGUACUGUACUCACGGCUUAAAGGGUUUAACAAGUUUUGAUCUGUCUUAUUUUUCGAAAACUUCGACGAUUUCAAAAGAUGCCACGUGCUAAGGCUGAUGCUAACAAACCCCGUGGCCGCAUGACGGCCUAUGCUUUCUUCGUCCAGACGUGCCGCGAAGAGCACAAGAAAAAGCACCCUGAUGAGAAUGUUGUCUUCUCUGAAUUCUCCAAGAAGUGUGCUGAGCGAUGGAAGACAAUGAGUGAUAAGGAGAAGAAAAGGUUCCAGGAAAUGGCUGAGCGUGACAAGGUCCGCUUUGAUGAUGAAAUGAGGCACUAUGAACCUGCUGACAAAGGUGCUGGUAGAGGCCGUAAACGCAAGCAAGUCAAGGACCCAAAUGCUCCCAAGCGCUCACUCUCAGCAUUCUUUUGGUUUUGCAAUGAUGAACGUGGCAAUGUAAAAGCUGCUCACCCUGAAUACACUGUUGGAGAUAUCGCCAAAGAUCUUGGCAGACAGUGGGGAGAGGUUGAUGAGUCUACAAAGUCAAAGUACGAGGCUAUGGCUGAAAAGGAUAAAGCUCGCUACGAAAGGGAAAACAACGCCUACAAGAAGAAAUUGAAGGGUGAAGCCGAAGAAGAUGAUGAUGAAGACGAUGACGAUGAUGACGAGUAAACAUCUUCGUUUGACUUACCUCUGUUUUUUCCUCCCUCAAUCUCCCGACUCCUUUUCAAUCCCCCUCGUAUUUUUUUUUUUUACUCCAGUUAGACAUGUGUUCGCCAGAGUAUCUUCAUGUUUGUUUUAUUUUCAUCUUCAUCGUAUCAUCCUCAUUCCUUCCUCCCCAAAACUGCUGACUGGUGUACAUAUCGAGGAAGACAAGACACACAACAGAAAAUCGCUCGCAGCUCCCACUACUCCCUUACCUACCCUUAUAUUUUGAAAAGUUCUUGCAAUAGCAGCCGUUUCAUUCCGUCAAAUCGAAGUGAACAUCACCCAUAUUCGUUAAGGGGUUUCUCUUUUCCCCUUCUCACACCUGUUUGUUUUGGUACAUUCAUUAUCGAUUGGAUUGAAAGGCGUGAAACAAGAUCAUCUCUUAAACUGAGUUCUUUUUACAUCGGAAUCCCUAUCUCCUCUCGAAUAUGUUCACCAAGGAAGCUGGUUAUAAUAUCUAACAUUUUCUCCAACAUUUUCAUGUGGCGUUCUGUUUCGUACUUCCACGUCCCAAAACAUCAUUUUGAAAAAACGAUAAAAAAAACAAGCAAUGAAUACACAUCCCAUCUUUCCAUGUUUCAA